AAUCUUCUUAACCCCAGGAUUCAAUAUUCUUUUUCUGAAAGAAGAAAGUAGAAAAUGGCAGCAAACGAUUUAGCUUUGGAUUUGGAGGAACUUAAGCAUCUUCAGAACAUAGCGAAACGCCCUCGUGUUGUUUCUCUCAUUUCCUCUGAGAUUCGUAACUUGGAGAAGCUGUCAAAAGACAGUGCUUCAGCGGCAUCUUUGCAAACAGCAGCUCCAGUUUCAACUGCCGCGAAGGUGACCCCUAGCCAAUUACUGAACUAUGUCUCUGUUGCAUCAUUCAGUUGGGAUCAGGACAAUGACAAAGUGAAGAUUUAUCUCUCUUUGGAAGGAGUUGAUCAGGAGAAAAUGGUAACUGAGUUCAAGCCUAUGUCAUUUGAUGCUAAGUUCCAGGAUGUACACGGGAAGAACUACCGCUUCUCAUUACCAAAAUUGAACAAGGAGAUUGUACCUGAGAAAUGUAAGGUGCUCGUGAAACCCACAAGGGUUGUUAUCACGUUGGCCAAAGCCUCCAAAGGGAACUGGUUGGAUCUGCAUUACAAAGAGGAUAAGUUUAAGCCAAAUUUGGACAAGGAGAAAGACCCCAUGGCUGGAAUUAUGGAUUUGAUGAAGAACAUGUAUGAGGACGGUGAUGAAGAGAUGAAACGGACGAUUGCAAAAGCUUGGACUGAUGCAAGAUCUGGCAAGGCAGCUGAUCCAUUGAAGAGAUUCAGUUGAAGGCUGAAAUGGGUCCUUAGAUCCAAAACCCAUGUCAAUUCUUUAGGUUUAGUAUCAGCUCUGUAGCUUUUACAGAUUUUGGGGGCUUUUUCUUGGUGCUGAGCAGAGAUAGGCACUAGUCUGUUACCAUUUGUGUAGCUUGUAAUACUGGAACAUUAGGGAUUUCUAUGUUGAAUGUUGACAGCAUGUUGUUGGAUGGAUCUGCUGUGAUCUUAACUAGAAGACAAUUGGAAUGGGUAUAAAUGCAGCUGGUGUUAAGUAAUUGGCCAAAUGGGAGUAUCUUGUCAUAAUAAGCUUCACGGUUGCAUGAAAUGCAAAAAAUUAAAUGAUGUUGCAA